CCCAAUCCAGGAAGCGUCUCUUGAUUAGCGGCAACCCGUCAGAGGAGGGCUGCGACGUAAAUAAAAAAGCUGGAGUUUCCGAGGAUAAACCAAAGCCUUUCUUCUCCUGAGCGCGGUGCCUGGCGGCGGUGAAGUUGUGAAUAAACGUGUGUCUGGGUUAUGAAGGAGUAGCGGUGUCAUAAAGCUUUGUUGUUGUGUUGUUAUUGUUAAACAGAAAGCGGCGUUCACGCUGACUAUAAAGCUAACGUUAGAUAAGUUGAGCUCCACAUCAGACGCGUCUCUUCCCCCCGGGGUUGCCGAGGACAAGACUCCAGAAUGCCAAAGGAGGCAGACCACAUGGAGGAUGGAGGAGACAAGGAGUCGAAGGAGGAGCAGAGGCAGGGGGCUUCUGGGGAGACGGUUAGGAAGAGGGUCCGGGCGAACACUCCGAGUCCUCACAGAGGCAACACUCCACAAGCCAGCCCACCCAGGUUUGUCUCUGUGGAGGAACUGAUGGAGACAGCUAAAGGAGUCACCAACAUGGCUUUGGCUCAUGAAAUAAUGGUGAACCAGGCUUUUCAAAUCAAACCCGCGGAGCUUCCUGAAGGAAGUUUGGAGCGCAGAGUGAAGGAGAUCAUGCACAAAGCAUUCUGGGAUUGUUUGGAAGCCCAGCUGAAGGAGGAUCCACCGUCCUAUGAACACGCCAUCAAACUUCUGGCUGAGAUCAAAGAGACACUGCUGUCUUUCUUGCUACCAGGCCACGGUCGUCUGCGCUCUCAGAUUGAGGAGGUUUUGGACUUGCCCCUGAUCCAGCAGCAAGCUGAAAAUGGAGCUCUUGACAUCGGUCGUCUGUCCCAGUUCAUUGUGUGGAUGAUGGGCUCACUUUGCGCCCCCAGCAGAGACGAGGACAUCCAGAAGCUGAAGCAGAUCACCGAAGUUGUGCCUCUGCUCAAGGCCAUAUUUUCAGUGCUGGACCUGAUGAAGGUGGACAUGGCUAACUUUGCCCUGAGCAGCAUCAGACCACAUCUGAUGCAACAGUCUGUUGAAUAUGAGAGGAACAAGUUCCAGGAGUUUUUGGAGAAACAACCAAAUGCCUUAGACUUCACUGAGAAAUGGCUUGAGGAUACAGUAAAAAGCCUGCAAGACUCAGCAGCAACAGGUGGUGCUGCAUCUGAUUCUUCACUCCACCCCCUCAGUGUUCAUAAUCAUGCCUAUCUUCGCCUGCUCAGGUGGGACCACGACUCAGACCCCUUCCCGGAGACGGUGUUGAUGGAUCAGGUUCGAUUCCAGGAGAUGCAGCAGGAGGCUGAACAGCUGGUUCUUCUCUCCUCUGUGCUGCUCAUUGUCUACACUACAACUGGGGAGGCCAUCUCAGGCCUGCCAGGACUGAUGGAGACCCUCAAAAACACUGUUAAUGUCUUGCUUGCAGACAUGCAUACACCUUCAUUUAGUCCACAGGAGGUCUUGGCAACCAUUGGGGAGAAACUGUGUGUUGAGCUGAGUCAGUGUCUAAGCCAGCAUGGCUACUCUCCAUUCUCAGCUGACCGAAAGAGCGCUCUGAAGGGGCAAAUCUCCGCCGCCAUCCAACCAGACAACACAGUCCGCAUGCUGAUGGAAUCUCGGGUUCACAACUACCUUCUGGCUUCCCUGGAGUCCAGCCAACAUAAGACCCCUCCUCCUCUGCCAGGAGGUCUGGCUCCAGUCAGCAAGGAGCUAAAAGAGCUUGCUGUUCACUUCAGUCGCCUUGUCAACUACAACAAGCUGGUCUUCUCCCCAUUCUAUCAAAAGACCCUGCAGAAAAUACUGGCACCAGGGGAGAGUCCCGGCACAGACACAUAAACUCUGCAGGGAGGGAGAAGAGAAAUGUGGAGAGCAGUCUGUGAUUUUUUGCAGUUUCCUCUCACUAGUAACGGUUAAGAUUUAAAGAAAACAGUCACGGGAGGUGCCCAGAGAAGUAUGCACCUUAAACCAAGUCGAUUAGAAAAUAGACUCACAUCUCAGUUACAUUAAUCCACAAAGUUGUUAGCUUGGAAAAAUGUCAAACCUCAUAUUUGUGACCUAUUAGCAGCUGUCUUGGAUGAGCCUGUAUUCAGUAUUAUAGCAUGGCAGGGUAUCAUUCGGAACAGUUUAAUACCCAGAACUAAUAUUUUGGGGUAUUCUGCAUCUUUACCAUACGUGGUAGAGUCCUUAUGACUUAGUUUGCGCAAUAUUCAAUUAAAGAAAGAAUUCAGGAAGAUAAAGUGUCAGCGUAUGUAUCAUAAAAGUGUCCCAAAGUAGGAAGAUAUAGGAUCUGAAAGAAGUUAGCUGCUGUCAUUACCAGCAAAUUAAACUGCUGACUUUACAAUUGAACCCCCAGGUCUCCUGUUCUUACACAAUCCUUUUUCCUAAUUUAGGAAAUUCCCCCCAACAUCCAACAAGCUCCAGUGCUGCCCCCGCCUGUCAGGAGCUGCCAGGAGAUGUUAUGGUAUUUCACAGAUGUUUGCUUUAUUUAUUUAUCAAAAAAGAGCCACAAUCUCUACUUAGAAAGGGUCAUUUAAGUAUAUUUGAAAAGGAAUCUGUUUACUCAGGAUAAACAAGUCACUGAGUAUUUUUAAAACGAAUUUGUGGGGGGGGGAAAGUGUUUUAGUGAAUCUGCCUGAAUGCUCCUUCCUGUUAGCUCCUGACAGGUGAGGUGGAGCUCUUCUAAAACACUGGCAGAGAGCUCCUUGAUGAGUUGACAAAGCUGACCCCUUCAGUGAGAUAUGUGAUGGGUAAAAGCCUUAAAGUAUUUAGAAAGCAUCAGUACGUUACCUUUUUUUAAACUUACUGCUCGUGGCACCGUUUAACUGGCACUCUAAGCAGUUGUGUAGCUCACACAAGCGAAAGAAUGAGCAAGACAGCAAAUGCCUGCAUGCUGUCUUUUACACUGGAACUGAAAGAGAAUACAGAGGGUACAAAAACUAUACACCUUAAUCUUUUUGUAGCAUUUAGUUCAUGCAUCUGUAAGUACUAGUGGAUUUUUUUUUAAACAGACAGGGGACUCCUUGCAGUAGCUUCAGAAAUAUGUACAAUAACCCUGCUAAACAAAUUCUUCACUAUAAAGUCAAUUAGUUUCCUUUAAUGAUGAAGGUUGGACUUAAAAAACCAACAAACAAAAAGAUGAUCUGAAUCUCUUCUAUACCUGCUCACAGAAAAAGAAAAGGAUCCGUUUAUCUGUUGGAAAUAACGGUGUGCAGACUUUUUGUACCCGCAGUAAGUGAGAUAGUUUCCGGCAUAUUAGAUAAAAUGAAAAUAACCUGCAUUAUAUGUUGUACUGUAAUUUUUACUAAGGGACUUGUGUUGUUGACCAACUCGAACUAUUUUAAUUUAACUGAUGUUUACGUAUUGAUUUUCUGAUUGUUUUUAAGAAGCUGGAACAUUUCAUUUUAACAAGCACUUCUCGUGCAUAUUUUACAACUUACCACACAGCUGGUUGUAACACUGUUUCACUCCUCCAGGCAGAAUGACGUCAGCCAUUCCCCAAAUGAAUAACACUCUGACUGAUCACACUGACUACACUUUGAAUGUUCGUUGAACAUGACAAUAAAGCGUUACA